GGCAGGAGAAAAGUAGUGGGAUGGCGGUGAGGUUACCGUUGCUAUCUGACCGUUGGAUCGUGAUCCGACGGCCAUUGUUUCAUACACCAAACCCUCGGUUGGGGAAUGCUCUUCUCCGGCUCCGGCUCCGGCCUGCCGUUCGGCGGCUGAAGGAGGUCAGGGAUUCGUCCGGCGUUGAGGGGACGGAGGUUGAUGUGGCCUCAGGGAAGGAUAGGGGAGCUCUUAAUGGUUUGAGGGAUGGUGAAGAUGUUAGAAUUAGGGUUUCGGAGGGAGAGGGGAAAAGAGGAUGGGAAGUGGAGUUGGCCUCCAUGGAAGAGUUUGCCGGAGAGGUAUAAGCUUAUUGGUGCUACUUCUCUCGCCUUCGUGAUUUGCAAUAUGGAUAAGGUUAACCUUAGUGUCGCAAUCAUUCCCAUGUCCCAUCAGUUUGGGUGGAAUUCAUCAACUGCUGGCCUAGUUCAGUCUUCAUUUUUCUGGGGCUAUGCUUUGAGUCAAUUGCCUGGCGGGUGGCUGGCAAAAUUAUUUGGUGGAAGGAAAGUUCUUGAAGUCGGUGUUUUGGCUUGGUCUCUAGCUACAAUACUAGUUCCUUUUGUUGCUGGUUUUAUGCCUGGACUAGUGUUGUCAAGAAUUUUGGUUGGAGUAGGAGAAGGUGUUUCUCCAUCAGCAGCAACUGAUCUCAUUGCAAGAACUAUACCUUUGGAAGAGCGUUCCAGAGCAGUUGCAGUUGUUUUUGGUGGUUUGAGCAUAGGAAGCAUCUUGGGGCUACUAUUUGCUCCUCCCAUCAUCCAAACCUUUGAUUGGGAAUCAGUGUUUUACAUAUUUGGCGUCCUUGGGAUAAUUUGGUGUUUGGGAUUUGAGUUGGUAAAAGAAAAGGAAUUGUCAUUUGGCAAUAAAAACAUGUUUGGAUUGAGGCCAGGAUCUUCAGAUUCAAGUUUUCCUAUCUCUAGACAAGUAUCACAGGGUGCAUCAUCAUUAACAGAAUUGGCUGAUUCACUUAAGAGUGUACCAUGGAAAGCAUUUUUCAAAAGCCCAGCGGUAUGGGCAAUGAUAUAUGCCCAUUUUUGUGGUAGUUGGGGCCAUUACACAUGCUUAUCUUGGCUCCCUACUUUUUUCAGCGAGGAGCUCAACCUAAACCUGACAGAGGCUGCAUGGGUCUCUAUUAUCCCUUCAUUAGGAUCAAUUCUUGUCACUUCCAUUGCGGCACCUUUUGCUGACAAUUUGAUCUCAAAUGGAGUUGAAACAACAACAGUUCGAAAACUUUGCCAAACAAUCGCCUUUUUAUCUCCUGCAACGUGCAUGAUUCUUUCCUCUUUGGAUCUCGGUCUACCACCUUGGGAAAUCGUAUUAAUUCUCAGUGGUGGUUUAGCUCUCUCAAGCUUCGCCUUAUCAGGACUGUAUUGCACUCAUCAAGACAUAUCUCCUGAAUAUGCAAGUAUACUUUUGGGCAUCACAAACACAAUUGGAGCAGUACCAGGAAUUAUCGGUGUUGCUCUCACGGGAUAUAUUCUUGACUCGACUCAUUCAUGGAGUUUAUCAUUGUUUGUGCCGUCAAUCUUCUUUUACUUAACCGGCACUGCUGUAUGGUUGACCUUUGCAAGCAGUAAACCUCAAAGCUUUUCAAAGAGUGAUUGAAGAUCUUGCUAGGUUUUUUCGGCAGACAUCAUUUAUAAAUUGUUCGCCGACAAUGGCCGAUUGCUUCAAGAAAUUCUUCCGAUGAUAUAUAUUUUUUUGUUAUCUGACAAGAUUAGUGAGACUGUCAAAAGUAGAUGCAAAGAUGGAGAUGUAAUUUGCUGUACCUUUGUAAAGAAAUGAAUGCUCAGUGAAAUCAAAAUUACAACUUUGUUUGAACAAAUAAAUAAAAUCUGUGAAUUUUAUUUAAAAA